AUGAAUCCCGAUCGACGAAACGGCCGGCCCUCCUCGUCUGGAGAGUCCUCCAGCAGCCGUCGUGGUGGGUCAGAUGACUUUGUUCCGCGACAGAAUGCUCGACCUGGAUACAUGACGGUUGGCGGCGGAAGCACCACAAGCGACGCCGCUGCCCGUCUCGUGUCCAUGUUGGACGAGGACUCUGGUUAUGGCGGAAGUAUGCAAGAUGGCGAAAGCAGCGGGAUGAACUGGCGGUCUAACGUUGGCGAAGAUAGGCCAUCACCUAUGUCUUUUGCCGGGUCAGGAAACGCCGAAGUCGAGAAACAGCGCAGCCAUGUGCUCCAAUUGCGAUACAACCAGAACAAAAACGCCCUCGGUCGGGCGAUCGCCGGCACCAUCGAGACAUUGAAGAGUUUCCAAGAAAUGAAUCUGAAAUGGCCGGCCCAUUACCCCUCGGUACAGGUGGCCGAAAAACAAAAGGCGCACCUUCGCAGCGAAUCUCGGCCUGGACUGCAGCACACGCAGUCUGCGAUUGGCAACUUCGACCCCGAUAUGCGCUCUCCCGAACGACCUCGAGGACCCCGCCGGGCGGGCACAACGAUUGGAGAUGACCCCGCCGCUGAGUCGAGCGCUGCCGCCGAGCAAAAGCGUAGAGAAGAGCCUCGACUGGUUACGCCCCAACUUGCUCACGAUUUCUCCGUUCUGAAGCUGGAACUGCGCAUGGGCGGCCGAACACAGACAGACUUGGUACAUUCGCUGGAGAAAAACUCUGUUGCGUCUCUCCUCGACGGCCAGAUCCAACAGAGCAUACGCCACCUCUUCUCUCUCAAGGAGCGUAUCGAAGAUACGUCAAGCAAGGUCCUGGUCACGGGAGACUUGAACGCUGGAAAGUCGACCUUCUGUAAUGCCCUCCUCCGACGUAAGGUCCUGCCCGAAGACCAGCAGCCCUGCACGAGCAUUUUCUGCGAGGUUCUUGACUUCCGGGAGAACGGUGGUGUCGAAGAGGUUCACGCAAUUCCCAUCGGUUCGACGUACAACCGCAACGACGAAAGCACGUACGUUGUAUUCGAUAUCAAGGAUCUGGAGAAAAUUGUCAUCGACAACGAUCAUUUCGCACAGUGCAAGAUCUACAUCAAAGACAUCCGAGAUGUUGACGAAUCACUUCUGAACAACGGAGUGGUCGACAUCGCUCUCAUCGACGCCCCGGGUCUGAACGCCGACUCUCUCAAGACCACCGCCGUGUUCGCUCGCCAAGAAGAGAUUGAUGUCGUCGUCUUUGUCGUUUCUGCUGCGAAUCACUUCACCGAGUCCGCUAAGAACUUUAUCUUCACCGCAGCGCGCGAGAAGGCAUACAUGUUCAUGGUAGUCAACGGCUUCGAUACCAUUCGCGAUCAGAACCGUUGCCAAGAGAUGAUCUUAAAGCAAGUUGCUAACCUCAGUCCGGCCACCUUCAAGGAGUCUAGCGAGCUGGUACAUUUCGUUUCUAGUAACGCCAUCCCCAUGGGUGCAGGUGGGAGCCCCCCUGAUGACGACGGUGACGACGAUCCAUCCGACAAAGGAAAGGGCAAGGAGGCAGAGAAGCAGCGCGACUUUGCCGAUCUUGAGGCUUCGUUACGACGUUUCGUGCUGGAGAAGAGGGCCAGGUCUAAACUUGCACCCGCAAAGACUUAUCUUCUCAACGUACUAGGAGAUAUGAACAACCUAGCCACAGUCAACCGAGAUGUGUCUCAGAGCGAAUUGGACCGCGUCAAGAAGGAGAUCGAAGCGCUCGAGCCUGAGUUUGAAGAGUCCAAGAAGUCACGGACAGAAGCUGGAGAGGCAGUGGAUCGCAUGGUUGAAGAUACGACGUCAGACGUCUAUGGCUACACUCGAGACACGCUCAACAACUGCAUUGCCAGAGUAGCUGAACAGGAUCUUGGCAUCGAUUACCCUGGCCUGUUCUCAGCAUACCAGUACGCUGAGGACAUCAGGGACUCGAUGCUCCACGAGGUCACUGAAAGCGUCCGUUUGUGCGAAGAACACGCUCGAACCCAAGCUGUGCAGGGCUACAACGGCAUCAAAAACUUGGGUGUCCUACAUCUCGGCAACAACUUGUAUGCCGACGUCAUGUUCCGUCCGGAGAGGAUGUUCAGGAAGUCAGUGCACGCUCUUGCUCGACAAGUGGAUAUCGAUAUUGAUCUGUGGGACUUCUUCGACAUCGCCAGUCUGUGGGAACGCCAGGAGAAGGCCGCUGGUGCCGGUAUGGCCAUGACUGUUGCCGGCGUAGUAGGUGGCAGAUUGGUCGGCGGUGUCGGCUGGGUAGACGGUGCUCUUGGUGCUGCAAAGGUCAUGGGCACAAGCAACAUGAGGAGACUGAUAAUCCCUGGUCUCAUCGCUGGUGUCGCUCUCGGAGUAUCAUACGUACUGGCGUCCGUGCCUAAAUCACUACCUCACAGACUUAGCGCGAAGCUAUCUCAACAAUUAGCGGCGAUCGAUUACACACACUCCAACGCCCUUCGCAUCAGCUCCGAGGUUCGGCGCGCACUCAAAGGCCCUGCUAACGAUGUACGCAUCGGUCUGCAGAGGAACGUCGAAAAGCUCCAGCUCCAGAAGGAGGAGACAACCAAGCUCAAGGCGGAAACUGAAGUUGCACGCAAGUACUUUGGCAACCUUGUCCGCAGCAGCAACGACUUGCGCCAGACGGUCCAACGCGUUGACCUGGAGGCAGCGCCACCAGUGAUUGGCGGACCGAUGCAGUAG